UCAAUCAUUUCUAAGCUAAAAGCAUUUUUUACAGUAAUUUUGUUUUUGUUGAUGAGUUCUAUACAUUCGUAUAUACGAUCAGUUAUUUCAGGAGCUGAUAUUUGUGCUAAAUAGGCAAGUCCUAGAGAUUGUCGUUUACCCGCUUUUGUUAAUUUUGUUGUCAAUGUGUUAUCAAUAUUCAUCUCACAUGGUCAACUGCUUAACCAGACAGUUUAGCACAAAUAUCAGUAUAGAACUCAACAGCAAAAAUAAAAUUAAUCUAAAAAAUGCUUUUAACUUAGAAAUGAUUGAUUUAAUGAAUUACAUGAUUAAGAAACAAGAUGUUAACAUAUCUGAUUUCCAAGUAGCUAGUACAUCCUUGGAUGUGAAUGCAAAGAUUUAUGGUUUUCGUGUAGACAGUCUUCAUACAGAAAUAUUGAAAUUGGUUGGUGAAUUUGACAAAGAAGAAAAUAAAACACCAAUAGAUGAUUGUCAUGAAAAUAUGAAUAACGUGGAAGGAAACGAAAUGAGUGAUGCAGAAAAAAUAAAACAAAAAAGAUUGAAGAAAUGGAAACAAAAAAUCUUGUCUUCCGUGAAUGAUUUGAAAAGAACUGUUGAAGUAAUAAAACCUUCAUCAUGGAUAAUGGACCAAGAAGAUAUACAAACUAUGAAUGCACUAUACCAAGUAGCACUGCCAAAUCAUGCAAAUUCAAAGUUUUAUUCACACAUGCAUAAUGACAUUGUAGAUACUGUAGAAUCUAAAAGAAAUAUUAAAGAUACACAACAAGAAGAAAAUAAGGAGAAUAGAAAUCUAUUUUCUUCUUGUUGUUCGGAAGAUGAAACAAUUCGUCUUAACGCUCAUGAUGAUGAAAACAAUGUAGAAAAAUGUAUGGAAGCAAGAAUACCUUUUUGUAAACUUGUAACUCAUACAGAAGCAACAGAAAUGUCGGAAUAUUCUGUUCUUCGGAAAGGUACAAGCAUUCACUGGGCUGGUCCAAUCCAUUGGAAAAUGCAUAAUUUCAAAAAACUCUUCAGAGAGAGUAGAGUCAUAGAGAAAUGUCAUCUAGAACGAGGUAAGAAAAGGAAAGAAAUAGAACUGUCUCAUGAUGAUGACACAAAACAAGCUGCAUUACCAAAGUUCUCAUUAGUACCAGUUUCAAGGGUGGAAACUAAUAAUAUCGAAUCUGUUACUAAGCUUUACCUGCAUAAGCUAAUACCGAAUUUAAGAAAUGAGGACAAAUUAAAUACUAAAAAAUUGAUAUAAAACAAUUAAAGAAAUGUAUUUAGAAAAUCCUGGAUUCAAAUAAUGAUAGCAUGAGUGUAAAUACAGGAAACGGAAAAUAAAAUUAAAGAAAAUACAUAUUUCAGUGACAUUUAUAAAAGAUUGUCAGAUAUAUUAACAAAAACUAAUACAA